AUGUCGACUUCUGCGAUAUAUAUCUUAGAUGUAAAAGGGAAGGUCUUGAUUUCUCGAAAUUAUCGCGGAGACAUAGAAACGGGUGUUAUAGAAAAAUUCAUGCCUCUAGUAAUGGAACGCGAGGAGGAAGGGAAUCUUACUCCGAUUAUUCAAACUGCUGAAUGUACAUAUGCGUACAUCAAGUAUAAUAAUCUGUAUAUUGUGUCUACUACAAAGAAGAAUGCAAACAUUUCCUUAGUAUUUGUAUUCUUACACAAACUGGUGCAAGUGAUGCAAGAAUAUUUCAAGGAACUUGAAGAGGAGAGUAUAAGAGACAAUUUUGUAGUCAUUUAUGAGCUCCUAGAUGAAUUAAUAGAUUUUGGUUAUCCACAAACCACAGACAGUAAGAUAUUACAAGAGUACAUUACUCAAGAAGGCCACAAGCUUGAAAUUCAACCACGCAUUCCUAUGGCUGUAACUAAUGCAGUAUCUUGGAGAUCAGAAGGAAUAAAGUACCGCAAAAACGAAGUAUUUCUAGAUGUCAUAGAAUCUGUGAACCUUCUAGCAAAUGCUAAUGGAAAUGUAUUGAGUUCUGAAAUUGUUGGUGCCAUAAAGAUGAGAGUUUACUUGUCUGGAAUGCCAGAAUUAAGGCUUGGUCUAAAUGACAAAGUGUUGUUUGAAUCUACAGGACGUGGAAAGUCCAAAUCUGUUGAGUUGGAAGAUGUGAAAUUCCAUCAAUGUGUCAGGCUGUCUAGAUUCGAAAAUGAUAGGACAAUUUCCUUUAUUCCACCUGAUGGAGAGUUUGAAUUGAUGUCUUAUAGAUUAAACACCCACGUAAAGCCUCUGAUAUGGAUUGAAUCUGUCAUUGAAAGGCAUGCCCAUAGCAGAGUGGAAUACAUGAUAAAAGCUAGAUCACAGUUUAAGAGACGUUCCACAGCCAACAAUGUAGAAAUAGUAAUUCCAGUACCCAAUGAUGCGGAUUCUCCUAAAUUUAAGACUACUAUUGGCAGUGUUAAAUAUUCUCCAGAGCAAAGUGCUAUAACUUGGUUUAUUAAGUCAUUCCCUGGUGGAAAAGAAUAUUUGAUGAGAGCACACUUUGGUCUACCAUCUGUCAUUGGGGAAGAUGUAGAAGGAAAGCCACCAAUUCAAGUGAAAUUUGAAAUUCCAUAUUUUACUACUUCAGGAAUCCAAGUGCGCUAUCUAAAAAUAAUUGAAAAGAGUGGAUAUCAGGCACUACCAUGGGUGAGAUAUAUCACUCAAAAUGGAGAUUACCAACUGAGGACAAAUUAA